AUGAAGAUUCCUCUGUGGUGCCUGGUAGUGCUGCUGGCAUGUCUCUUCACCCCUGGACGCAGUGACUGCCAGGGCCAAUGUGCAGCCUGCAGUCUGCUCCUGCAGCAGCACCAACAGCUGCAACAAGCCUUCAACACCAUGAUGUGUUUGUUGGAGUGUGAGGGUCACGUCUCCUCCUCGUUCACAUGGGAGGUGUGCAAACGUGCUGUCAAGCUGUCACAGCAUCCUCUGUUUCCUGAGGCGGGCGCUCUGUUCAAGAGAACAGGGGAGGAGCUGGAGUUGACCCCUCUUGACCUGAACUCUGACAGGGAGCUGCUGCAGGACGAGAUACCACUGGAGCAGCGCAGUGUCCACUAUGACUCAUCCCUGCUGGAAUCCUCUGAGGACGGCGAGGGCCUGCAGGGGUUGGGUCUCCGUCUGGUGGAUGAAGAGAUGAAGUUGAGGGAGGAGAGGAACGUGGAGAGCGACAGCCAGCUGGAGGUGGAUGAGGAUGAGGAUGACAGCUCAGAGGCGGCCGUCACCUUAUCCAAGCGCUUUGGUGGCUUUCAGAGAGGCCGCCACGGAUACAGGAAGCUCGUUGGCUCACCCAUAAGGCCCUUACAAAAGCGCUACGGCGGGUUCAUAGGCGUCCGGAAAUCUGCCCGCAAAUGGAACAGUCAGAAGCGAGUGAACCAGCUGCUCAGACAGUACCUGGGCAUGAGGAGCAGCCGCAGCGGCAGGUUCAACAGCGUCCCUGUAACUCGGGUCUGGAGGCAAAACAAACUGUGA